CGGCGUGGCCGAGGCCGUGGUGGUCGUGUGCCCAAUGGAGACCAUCAAGGUGAAGUUCAUCCAUGACCAGACCUCCGCCAACCCCAAAUACAGAGGCUUCUUUCACGGGGUCAGGGAAAUCGUGCGGGAGCAAGGGCUGAAGGGCACGUACCAGGGCCUUACGGCCACCGUGCUGAAGCAAGGGUCCAACCAGGCCAUCCGCUUCUUCGUCAUGACCUCCCUGCGCAACUGGUACCGAGGGGACAACCCCAACAAGCCCAUGAAUCCGCUGAUCACCGGUGUGUUUGGAGCCAUCGCGGGCGCAGCCAGUGUCUUCGGGAACACGCCUCUGGACGUGAUCAAGACCCGGAUGCAGGGCCUGGAGGCGCACAAGUACCGAAAUACGUGGGACUGCGGCCUGCAGAUCCUGAGGAACGAAGGGCUUAAGGCAUUCUACAAGGGCACUGUCCCCCGCCUGGGCCGGGUCUGCCUGGAUGUGGCCAUCGUGUUCGUCAUUUAUGAUGAGGUGGUGAAGCUGCUCAACAAGGUGUGGAAGACAGACUGAGCCCCGGAGUCGAGGGGCUGCCCCAGCCACUCCAGACUGGCUCCCACCACCCCUUCUCACAAUUCCAGUGCUGUUGUGCCAAAAGGCCCCUCCCCCAUCCCUCUCACUCCAUGGCCUGGGUCUGCCCCUGUGGCCGUGAGUUCACGUGUCCCGUAGUGCCGUGAGUCCCCUGUAGUCUGUAUGAUGCCACAUUGUGUCCAUGUGUCCAGCUGAGGCUGGGUGUCCCUCUGGCCUGUGAAUCUGUGCCCACUUGUCCACGUGCUUACUCAUGUGUGCCUGUGUUUCAUGUUUUAAGUCCUGUGACCCUGUGCCCGCUUCCCGGGGUGCCCGUGUGGCCUGGUCCACGGCCCUGUAGCCAUGGCCGGGUCCCAGCCCGGUGCCUUCCACCCUGGGCAGCAGGGGCACCCGCCCCGGCCUACCACAGCUGCCUCCGGGCCUCAACCUGGCCUCACUGCAUUCCAGGGGCUGCGUGCCCCCCGCUUCUCCUGCCACUGGCCUUAACUGGCCCUCGGGCCCUCCCUCCGCCCGGGACAGGGUGGCACCUGCCACUCUCAGGACCACCCUUCCAAGGCAGAAUAAACCGGAUCCUGUUGAGCUUCC